AUGACGAACCUGCCCAAUUGGCAGCAGGCCACCGCCUUGCUUUGGAGCAGUGCCCCGCUAAGCACGCCGGGCGCGUGGUUGGCGCUGAAGGAGCAGCUGGAGCUGCAGGGACAACGGCCAAGGGCGGAGGUCGCCCGAAGGGCUGCGUCACAGCGGGUGAUCGCACUUCUUAGAAGUGGUGGAGUCGGUCAACGGCCUUUGUGUGCCGUCAGUCAUUGCUUGGAGGAUCUUGCACUGCAGCUGGGACAGGAGAGCCCAAGAUCUUGGAGCGACGUCUUCUACGACCCUUGGAGCGAGGAGCCUGGGACCAGGCAGCCCAAGCCGACGGAUGCCGCCUUCAUGGUCUUGGUGGCCAGCACGGGGUUGGGCUUCGGCUUCGGCGGUAUGGCCCACAUGCGGCUCUUCAUUGUGGAACGAGCCGGCGCGGUGUGUGGCUCCGCCUUCUCCGAGGUGCACAGUGAAUGGAUGUAUCCCUGGCUGCUGGCGAUGCUCAUCUCCGCCUUCUCCCCGGCCGCGUUGGCGGCCAUGGCCAUCCACGCUCCAGGCAGUUGUGCCAACUGGUUAGCUGCUCCGAUGACUCUGGGACUUCUGUUGAUCUCCUUGGGCCUCGCAGUCUUCGAAGGUUUCUCCGUGUGGAACGGCAAUCUCACAGGCUCCGGGAACUAUAUCGGAUAUUGGACUUUGGCAGCUUCCAGCCUUGCCCUUGUGACAUUUCUGUGCGAUGCCUGUCGCGGAGUGGGUGGAACAGGAGUGGGUGGAAAAGGCUGGUCCGGAGUCGCCAGUGCUGCCUGCUACAUCGCCGGCAUUCUCACCCUGCAGUUCCUCUCAGGCUCGUUGCCCGACGCCUUCAAUCAAAAUGCGGUUUUCCAUGUCUGGGUGAUCCUCAUGGCGAUCUUCGCCUACCUGGCGCGGCCAAGCCACGAUUUCUUCCUGCUGCCCAUGCGCGAAGCGAAGUGA